AUGCCAACUGCAACGAAACGUAGAGAAGUGGUCGCUUCGUCCAAGAAGCGACAACCAUCCGCUACUGCGCGCUCAGAAUCGGGCUACUCCCGACGCUCCUCGGUCGGCUCGUUCAAGACCGCAACCGGCGCUUCUGAACGCGCUCCUGGUACGUCGCAAUCCGAAAAUGAAGAUCAAGAGGAUGAGCACGACGAGCAAGAGGACGAGGAUCAGCUUCGAGACGACGCUGCUUCCGACGACGAGACGGCCACAAUCGAUCCUCGCACAGAUCGUGACGUUGCCUCCGACGCAGACGAAACCCAGGACGGUACUCGUCGAUUGGAACCUAAAGGCCUUACUGCAGCCAGCCAGCGAGAAUAUCGGGAUGUCGAAUCGAGUAGCGGCUCGGAAGAAUCGCCUGCCAUCUUCAACAAGCAUCCUUCUAGCGACACGAGCACCAUCCAAAAAUUCCCUCCUACUUCUCAAGAUGAUGCCAUCGAAGAAAUGGAUCAGCCGAGUCCUCUGCGAUCCAAAGCCUCGCGCCACAAGCUCCUCACACCAGAUGCCGCGCUUACUCCCAAAGGCCGAGCCGAUCGCAAGAGCGUGCGUGCAUCGCAGGCCAGCCACCUCACCCUCCCGUACCAGCAAUCCGAGGCGGGUGACUACCGCGAUGCAUCUAACCGCCUCAGCAGGUUGACCUUGUCCAGCUUCAACCCUCGCAGCAGAGCCCCUUCACGUGCAGCCAGUGUCAUGGAUGGUGACUACCCCGACAUGGAAAUGCGUGACGCUCGCUACCGUUCCGUGUCCGAGAGAGGCGGCGGCAGUAGGGCCAGUCGUCUCUUGCCACCUGCCUCGCUGCACGAGUUUGGCGGCUCGGUACGCGGCUCAUACCAGUCUCAGCGCGGUACUGGAAGCCGCUAUGCUUCAAGCCACAUCGAGCAACGAUCGCCUUCCAAGAGAGAUACGUUUGUUCCAGCCGGCGCUGGCAUCUACUACCGCGACUCGGAUCGUCUCAGCAUCACUUCCCGCGCCACUGCCCGUAAACCUGCUUCCAUCAUUUCCCAGAUGCUCGAUGCCGACACGCAGGUCUAUCCGGGCACACGCAUUCGCAAGUACAUUGAGCCUCAGCUCACCGAGUCCAUGCGACGUGUCAUGAAGCAGUUCUCAGGCCACAAUUUGCAGGAUCACCGAUGCAGGGGAUACCCCAUCGCUGUGUUUGUCGGUGCCACCGCCAUCGACAUCGGUAGCAUCAUCCAGCCUCACGUCUCGGGUGCGGUGUCGCUCUACUUUGGCCCUGGUCACCCCAAGAACAUGGCCUCGCUCCUCCCGGAGGAAGACAGAACGCCAAGCCACAUCCCCAAUCCCAAAGCGCCCACGCCAUCUUCGCUCUCGCGUCGCGCUGAACUGCGAUCUGCUAUCACGGCGCUCCACUCGAUCUACGAGCUGUACCGCGGCCGUGCCUGUGCACAUGUCUGCAUCGACUCGGCCUACGUAGCCAAGGCCUGGGGCACUUGGAUUCCCGCUUGGGAGCUCAAAGGCUGGCCUGGGGAGGACGAGGAGCACGACGGCGAUCGCGAGCGUUGGGAAGAUGAAUACCACGAGCGUCGUAGAAACCAGCGCAGGGCGUAUGACAGGCAAGGUACCAGGUACAUGGAUCUGCCCGACCGACGCAGCAGGGAUGGCUACGCGAGCGACGGCGGCCGAUACCGCGAUUCGCGAGCUUCUCCGCGCCGCAACAGGUACGAGGACCGCGACGACUGGCUUUCGAGCGAUCCCUAUGCCGAUCGUCGUAAGCGACGAGAUGGAAGCCGCGCCCCACCUUCGUCUCGACGACGAGGAGGUCGCGGCUACGACGACUACUCUUCAGAGGACGAAGAUUCUCCUCGCCGCGGUGGCGGCCGUCGCAGGCACGAUGACCGAGACGAGUACCGCUAUGGCGAACCGUACUCUCCUGACCGUUCUCCGCCUCGCCGCCGCCCUAUGCGCCGCGCACCCGGUCGGCGUCUUGUCGAUGAAGACCUGCUUCGCGAGCUCGCCGAUAUCCGCUACGAAUUUGCACGCGUCGAGCGCAGUCGCCAGGGAUCAGCUCAUCUCUACCUAAUUGAUCGCACCAACAACCCUGCCGAUCGCAUGGCUCGCGCUGUCGCCAAGUCAGAGGCAAGUUUCCUCAGAGCAGAAGAGGACGACGCGCGUUCCGAACUAGGACUGCACGUCGACCAAGCGCGCUUUUCGGACGAUGACGAGCUCGACGAGCAGGAGCAAGAAUGGCUCGAGACGCGCAGUCACAUUUCGUCGGUGUCCAGGAGCACCCGGAAUGGUGGUCAGAGACGGUCGAGCAGUCGCAACAGCACGCGUGGAAGUAUCAUUUCGAGCGCUACGGGUAGGUUGCGCACUUCUUCGUCGUUGCCUGCGGGACAUCUGAAGGGUGGAUCUAGGAGGCAGCUUGAUACGUUUGCUGAGGAGGAUGAAGAGGAUCUUGCUGCCGAUGCCAGAUCGGUGAGGUCGGUAAGGACGCAGAGGUCGAGGAAGUCGACGCGCGCCGAGAGAGAGAGGGACGAGUAUCUGGCGAGGGUGGAGAUGCUAGAUGUGGAGGCAGCUGACUCGGUUAGGCGCUCUACCACGCAGUCGAGCAGGAGGUCGGCGUCGCGAGCGAGUCGACUAGCUCCACCUCCUGUUUCCGAGAGGGGAGGUAGCUCCAGACUGUCGAUCGAUUCGCGCAGGGGGCCUGCGCUUAGAUCGGCUGAGCUGCUCUCUCCCGACACCGCAUCGGGACGUGGAUCGAUGGACAGCAGGCGUAGAGUCAGCAACGUGCGAUCGCAGCCCGAUAUGCGAGAUGGUUCUCGAGCACAGAAUGGUCGGUCCACGGUGCGUAGUGCGUUGGCAUCGGCUGCUGUGCUCCGAGGCGGUGAUGAGGAGGAGCAAGAAGAUGUUGACGACCAUCGACCUCCGGGGCGCUCGAUGCAGUUCCAUAGUGCGGGCCAUGGUGGACCCAUGUAUCCGCGUAGCCGUGUUAUGUCCGAGCAAGACUAUCCGGACAUGGACGAUCUUGUGCCUCCUGCGCGCGGCUGGGAUAACGGCUCGAUCUACUCGCGCAAUAGCGUCGAUAAGCAACGUAAUGCCCAUGCUACAGACUCGCCUGGCUCUCAACGUCGAGGAAUGUUCGCUGGCCCAGCUGCUCGACCUGCGUCUCCCAGUGGAUCGCAGAAAAGGUCGCCGUUUGGACUGUUUUCCAACCGGUCUACUCCGUCUCUCCACCGUUCGCCUGCUCCGGAGGAUGCGGAUUACGAGUGGAGCAAGAAGGGGAGGAAGAAGAGACAGCAGAGGGAGUGGCACUCGACUACGCCCAACGACUAUUCCGAAAAGAGCAGGUGGGGUCCGGAUGAGGCGGCGUCUGCUAAGAAGGGUGGCUUUCUGAGUCGCGUGUUUGGUCGUAAGAAGUAG